CACUGGGAGAAAAUGGCUGCUGCUCCCACUUUUUCUCAAUGAACACACCGAUAUUUCAAUUUAAUUUCGUUUUCUCGCAUCGGAGCCGCCCUCGAACGCUAUGCAAUCUCGAAGGCAAGUCGACCCGGUUUAUCCCCGACCGUAGUAGCGUUUGCCGCGUGUGUCUAAGGCGACAUAAAAACGUGAAACGUAGCUCGUAACUUCCAGCUUUGCCCGCUCGGAACGGGCUAGCAUGCUAGGGCUAGCAGCGUUCUCCUCAGCGGCCAGACACCAGCGAGCUUGUUGCUCUGUGCUACCGUCACUACAGCCUCACGAACCAGGACUGCUCCAUUUUACAAACUCUCAGCUACUUCGUGGAUGUGUUUACUUAGUUGCAGAGUUUCGAGGGAAAGUAAAAUAUUUGAUAAGUUGCAUGAAAGUGUUCCAGCUCGAGCCUGGUAGCUGUGUGUGUGUGUGGGAUCUGAUUGGCUGUCAGACACACUGUUUGGUGUCAGCGCCGUCUGAACAACCCGCCCGCCUCGCUGUGGACGUUUCUAUCAAUCCACGUCUAGUGUGACUUUAUUUUGCCUCGCUGCUUGCAAUGCAUCUGCUGUUUCUGCUGUGCAGGGUGUGAAUGGUCCCUGUAGGAAGGUAACAGUGGGGCAGAAAGGACAGCAUCCUCUACUGUCACUCCCCUCGCAGCUGCCCUGGACCACAAUGCAACAAGUUUUGGAAUAUGCAUUGGAUCGAGCUGAGUACAUCGUUGAAAGUGCUCAACAACGUCCAGCCAAAAGAAGAAUUUCGUCUGGUGGGAGGAAAAGUUUGUAUCAGAAACUCUAUGAGCUAUAUAUUGAGGAAUGUGAGAAAGAGCCAGAGUUAAAGAAUCUGAGGAGAAAUGUGAAUCUGCUGGAGAAGCUGGUAUCUCAGGAGUCUGUGUCAUGUUUGGUGGUUAACCUGUACCCUGGAAAUGAAGGCUAUUCUUUAAUGCUCAGGGGCAAAAAUGGAUCUGAUUCUGAAACCAUCCGCCUGCCAUAUGAAGAAAGAGAGCUGUUGGAGUACCUGGAUGCUGAGGAGCUGCCUCCGAUUCUGGUGGAUCUGUUGGAGAAAUCACAGGUGAACAUCUUCCAUUGUGGCUGUGUAAUAGUUGAGGUGAGAGACUACAGGCAAGCAGGUAAUACCAAGAUUCCCACCUACCAGAGCAGGCACAUCCUGCUGCGGCCAACCAUGCAGACUCUAAUAUGUGAUGUCCACGCCAUGACUAGUGACCAUCACAAAUGGACACAGGAUGACAAGUUACAGCUGGAGAGUCAGUUGAUUUUGGCGACUGCUGAACCCCUGUGCCUGAAUCCCUCUAUUUCUGUUACUUGCACAGCCAACCGCCUACUAUACAAUAAACAGAAAAUGAACACUCACUCGAUGAAAAGGUGUUUCAAGAGACACUCUCGAGCUGCCCUGAACAGGCAGCAGGAGCUGUCUCACCUCCCCAUACCACCACAGCUGCGACUCUACGACUACCUACAGAGGAGGAAGGAGAGGAAGCCGGCUCCUGUCAUAGAUCUGAAGAUUUCAAAGGCUGGAAACUGUGUAGACACAUGGAAGCAGAGCAACUGCCAACUCACUGUACCAAAGGAAAUUGAUGUGGAAAAGUACGCUGUGGUUGAGAAAUCUUUGCAGCUGGAAGAAUCUCAGCCCACUACUGUAAUCUGGCCUGCUGAAGAAGUUGUAGACGACUAUACAUUUGAGUGUGAGGUGGGGGGCCAAGCUCAGAGGACCAAGGUGUCCAUCUUCCAGUCAAUGGGAGACCCGCUGGUGUACGGGAAGAUCUAUUGCGCUAAAGAACCAAAAGCAGAGGAGGAUAGCACAGACCUAAAGCUUAUACAUCCACCUUUUCUUAUAGGGUCAAAGAUAGAUGCUGAAAGGUUUCUAACUCAGUACAAAGGAGUGUAUGAGAGAGAUGUGAAGUGUCAGGUCAAGAUGUCCCAUAACUCAGGCACCGUGGGACAGGGGCCUCCCUCCCCCAGCAAAGACGAGGGUGAUGGUAUUUCUUCACUAGUCCAGACGUCCUUGUUAGGAAAAGGGGUUAAGCACCGCCCCCCUCCCAUUAAACUGCCUUCAGGAUCGGGUAGCAGCUCCUCAGGUAAUUCGUAUAGUUCACAAACCACCAGUGGUCUACUUAAGUGUCCUACGCCCCCGCCGCCAUCCAAAAGCCAGUCUCUGUCCAGGAAACACUCCAUGGAGCUGAGCCAGGUGGGCCUGCUGUCGCCCGCCUCCCUCUCCCCCAUGGGCUCCACACAGAGAUCGGGGACCCCCAAACCAUCUACCCCCACACCGACUAACACACCGUGCUCAACGCCACACCCCUCAGACUCCCUGUGUGCUCCUCUCUCAGUGACUCCCACCCCCUCAGAUCCCGGGAUCCAGUCACAGCCUGCCCUCCUCACACCUUUUGCCCAGCAGCAAUUGGCUCUAAGCCAACCACUUCCUGUUAUGACCAUUCCACUGCCCACCAUGGGUACGUCCAUCACUACAGGAACCACGUCUUCCCAGGUUAUGGCCAACCCAGCCGGGCUCAAUUUUAUUAACGUAGUCAGCUCUGUCUGUCCUCAGACCUUGAUGAGCGGCUCCAGCCCCAUGUUGGGUCCAGGGCUUAACCUGAGUGGAAUCCUGCCACCAGGAGGGUUGAUGCCCACCAUGCAGUCCGCAGCCCAGGCUGGGAGUCCUUUUGGCCUUAACAACAGUGCUGGGCUGAGACCAUUGAACCUGCUACAGAUCCCCACUGGUCCUCUCAUCUUUAACUCUCUGCAGCAGCAGCAGCUCCCCCAGUUCUCGCCUCAGCAGAGUCAGUCAGCCACGUCCAGUCCUCAACAGCAGGGGGAGACGACGGACCAGGGUUCAGAUCCAAGUUUAGGAAACCAGCAAACUGCUGUGAUCAACCUGGGUGUUGGAGGCUUCAUGCCCCCACAGGCAGCAGUGCUGUCCCAGUUGGGCUGUGGGCUGGACGGGUCUGGGCCCCCGCUGCCUUCUCCAAGGCUUCAGCAGCAGCACCAGCCACAGAUCCAAUUGCAAUUCUUGCAGCACCAAAUGCAGCAGCAGCAAAUGGCUAUGGGAGCAGCGGCUCCUCAGGGGGGAGCGCCGCGGCAACAUACCGCCAGCCAGCCAAGAAGUAAGAGGAAGAGGAGCACACCGCAGCCCCUCCCCAAGUCCUGACAGACUCACAUCACACUAACACCUUCCCCAGCUCCGUACGGACAGGAAUGAUCCACACUGGCCUCUUCGUCUGUCUCAGUGUGGACAGCAGGCAGAAAAAAAAAGACAUAUUUGUCCCUUUGUCGUUUUCUAUCAUGACAAAUUUGUAAUGCUUCUCAGAGGUUUUGGAAAUCCAAAACUUUGUUCACCGUAGAGGAUGGGGUUUCUACAACGGACGGCCCUAAAGAAACUUUAAGUGAUAUUUUUGGAGAUGGUUCUUCUAGGUAGUGGGCUUCCACAAUAACGUAUUGUCCCUUCAGGAAGACUUCUCACUGUGGAGGCCCUGCGGACUGAGAGGAUCAAGAGUAGACGUUUCUCAGAGGAUUUCUGCACAAGGCUGCCAAAUCCUCCCGCCUCUGCUCGGUUGAACCCUGUAGAAACAGCUUUUUUUAAGCACGGAUCCCUGCUGAGCUUCUCGACACCAAAUCCUCCAUAUAACCACGAUGUGUGAAAAUGCAAAUCUGAUCUUGGAAUAGUGCCUGGGGGCUGCUCUCUACCUCUCAGUCUGUUGGAAGUCUUUCUUCUGUUAGUCCCAGCACAGGGCUCACACAAGGACUCAAGAUCAUCAUGCAAGAUGGUGUGGUGGCUUUUGUACAGCAUAUUUUUUAAAAGAUGCAUUUCCUUUUAAAUCAGUUCAGGAGCCACGGGCGUAUUCUUACAAGGCGUCAGCUGAGCGUGAGACAUUUCUGGACACUGAGAAAUAAUUUUUUUAAGCAGUCUUUGUCAGCAGUUUUAUUGUUAUUAAAAAAAAAAAGAAUAUAUAUUGACAGUGGAAAAUACAGCUUUUAGAUAAAAAUUA